AUGGAGCGUGCUGUAGGCCCACGCCUUGCUGAGAGGCUGGCAGCGCCUCGUCAAGGCUCACGAGGUGGAGAUGGCCAGUCUGAAGAGGGCAAUGCUGAGGGCGCGCAGCAGGAAGCUGGUUCGUGCCGCGCUUGCCCAGAUGCCAAGGCGAAGGGCUCACCCUUUUGUGGCAAGCACAAGAGGGCUUUCCAGUGCAUCCAGGGUCGCUGCUGCAAGAAGAACAAGGAGGGCUUCUAUGUGGAUCCAGACGCAGCAGCUGACUUCCACAAGAUAUUCGGUGAAGGCAGAAACCCCCCACCGAAUGUCACUUUGGCCAAUGAAGUCGUUUUGGAUUUCUGCAUCGACAAUCCAGAUGGCAAGGAGGCCAGUGGAAAGAAGCGUGGUGGUCAGCUGAACUUGAACAAGUACGUGAACAGGGUGUACGCCUCCCUGUCUCAGGGCAGGCUCGAAGACGACUGCUUAUGGGACGAGGAAAUAUUCGUCAACAAAUUCCGGAGCUUGCGGGGAUGGAGCCAAGAACACUCGCGCACUAAGUUCCUGCAGCUGCUCCAUGACCCGACUGUUUACAAAGACGAGGGAGGACUCGGCGGUACUCCCAGGGUCGCCGUACCCCCGAGCUGGACGGGUGAAGAGAGAAACAGGAGGAAGCGUGAAGUUGGAGAGCAGAGAGCGCUUGAGCGAACUGCCAAGUCGUCAAGAAUUUCAGACCAGGACUGCGGCCAAAUUGUGGCAGAGCUGGACAGUGGAUUUCAGUUCCGUGAUGAGCCGUGGUCGCGAGAUUCAUUUUCGCGUGCAGCUGAGAGUGCAUCGGUGCCCCAAGACAAAAUCCAGGGUGCUUGGGCUGAGCUUGUGAAGAGCAGUGGUGUCGACAAGACGUUGGAGCCGCAUGACAAGAUCACCGUCAGAAAGUCUGACCGGUUCACAGACGGUGGGCUGACUUACCGGGAGCAGGCGCUGCAAGCCGGACGUGCAGCUUUGCAGAACUCCUGGCUGCAGGAUGAUGGCCCUCCGCUUUCGCAGCGGCAGCUGCACCAGGAGGCUUUGCAAAAGGCAAUCGAGAAUGUGAGGAAUAUGUUGCCCAUGGAGAAGAAGUCGCUUGUGACCGCGGCAGAUGUCAUGUUGUCUGUGCAAGGCAUUCGGAAUGCCGCUGAUCCAGCAGAGCACGAUGAGGUCCAGGACCGCGUGAAGGAGCAGGCCCUCUUGGUUGGUCAGCUCGGGGCAAGCUUGAAGUCUGCCACGACAGAGCUGAACAGCGUCAUCAAGAAAAGGAAGGCACAGCUGGACAAGAUGGAGGCUCAGAAGAGAACUGAGGCUCUGAAGGCUGAGAGCCAGAAAGCCGAGGAUGAGAAGCGAAGGCUGCAGAAGCAGGCUUUGAUGGAUCCUUUCCGCUUGGAGUUUUCGGCAGUGCUGUUGCCAGCGCCCCUGCUCGUUUGCGCAGGAGAUGCUGCUUUCAAAGAAGAGCAGUCUGCCAAGCCACAUGUGUACUCCUGCCCCUUUGUCUUGAAGGAGUCGGAAGCUGUGAAGAAGAUCCUGCAGAGCGACGCCGUCUCUUCCACCUUGAAGGUGUGGGCCCAAACCUUUCCUCGCUCGAAGGUGUGCCAGGCAAACAACCGGGUCAUUGCGCCCUUGGACGCAAACCGUGGCAACGACGACGAGUCCUUGAAGGAGCUGCUGCAGAUGCUUGCGCCGAAUAGCGUGAGCAAUGGCUUCCCGCGCUUUGAGGCAGCAACGAACAAGUGGUUUUUGUUCGGCGAGAACGACACAUCAAUCAGCAGCGACUUUGAGCAUGAGUUCCUUGGGAGCAUCCGCCUGCAGGUGGGAGGCACCAGCCAGUUCUAUGGCUUGCCUGUCGAUGCAAUUGUAUCAGCGCUUGGCGACAAGAAGCAAAUCUCUGCCGCAGACAUCGUUGCUUACGUUGCUGGCUUGGACCAGGCACGCCUGCAGGCCAUCAGCGAGGCAAAGUCGCCCCUGGUUUUCGGCAGCCAAGAGCCUGAAUCGAUUCUGGUGGUACCGCCCGGGUGGGUUAUGUCCUACGCGACAGUUGGGGACGGGCCAGCAGCUGCAGUGCAUGGACUUCGCAGAAGUGUGUUGCUCAAUGAAACCCUGCAGGCCAGUGCGCAGAAAUACGAGCUCAUGCUGGCCAAAAACGUGGAGGCAAAGGAGCAGGCGUGGCUUCAGUUCCUCAACAGCCUCGCCACUGCAGAGAUGAAGAAGUCGAAGGCUUCCGCGAAGGCCUUUCCAGCAGCCAAGGUGGCUCCAAUGGCAAAGCCUGAGGCGUGA